CGCCGGGCCGGGGCGGGGCCGCAGUCUUCCUUUUCGGGCCUCGCUUGACCGAGUCGGAGCCGCCGCAGCGGAGGAGGAGGAAGAAGCCGCCGCAGUCGCCGCCGCCGAGAGCGAAGCCCAGCAGCCGCCGCCAGCACCGCCGCCUGUCCUCCCAGCCCUCGCCCGCAGCACCAUGGCAUCUGGCGUCGCAGUCUCCGACGGGGUCAUCAAGGUCUUCAAUGACAUGAAGGUGCGCAAGGCCUCCACCCCCGAGGAGGUGAAGAAGCGCAAGAAGGCCGUGCUCUUCUGCCUGAGCGAGGACAAGAAGAACAUCAUCCUGGAGGAGGGGAAGGAGAUCCUGGUGGGGGACGUGGGCGACACCAUCGAUGACCCCUACCUGCACUUUGUCAAGAUGCUGCCCGACCGCGACUGCCGCUACGCCCUCUACGACGCCACCUACGAGACCAAGGAGAGCAAAAAGGAGGACCUCGUCUUCAUCUUCUGGGCGCCUGAAUGUGCCCCUCUGAAGAGCAAGAUGAUCUAUGCCAGUUCAAAGGAUGCCAUCAAGAAGAAAUUGACAGGGAUCAAGCACGAGGUGCAAGCCAACUGCUACGAGGAAGUGAAGGACCGCUGCACCUUGGCGGAGAAAUUGGGCGGCAGCGCCGUCAUCAGCCUGGAGGGCAAGCCCUUGUGAGCCCCCCCUUCUCCCCCCCCCCCGUCGUGCCAGCGUCUCCGGAGCUUCCAUGUGAAUGGCCCUGUGCUACCGUUCUCGGGUGGGUGGGUGGGCGGGAUGUGGGGUGGGUUCUCCUCUUUAGUUACGUUCCGGUUUCCCCCCCCCUGCCUUCUCUCCCCCGCCCCUCCGGUGCUCCCCCCCCGUUCAAGCGGCUGCCCCCCCCCACCUUGCGGCUGCCGUUGAAACUUGCCAAACUAGCGACAACUCUCCCCUUUCCGCCCGCCCCCCGGCCCAGCCUUUAAGGUGACAUUCCUCUGGGCUCCACUCCUCGUCUGUCCCCUUCACGCCACCCCCCCCACCCCCCCGGGACCACCUCCUUCCUCCCGUUCCAGCCAUGGGACCACUCCCAAGUGGGACUCCACUCCUGGCCAAGGCUUUGUGGGGGCUGAGAGGGCACCGAAAGGCCAGGGGUCUCUGCCCCCCCCUUCCAUUCCAGAAUUAGUUCAUCUUUCCCGGUGUAUAAAUUUUUUUUUAAAUGGGUCUCUGUGUGUGUUGGAAACCAACGUAGUAUGGCAGCUGCGUUCCCAGCCCCCACUUCCUUUCCUGCCCCCCCCACGACCAACAACCCCCACCCCUCUUACCGCCAUAGUGGCUUUGUGCUUGUCUGUAGUACUGUGUAUAAAUGAGAUAUUGUGGAGAAAGUUGCGCCCAUCUCAGUGUUGGGGGUGGAAUUAACAAAAUAUGGAAGCAGCACCAAUGACCUUCAAUAAAAAAAUAAUAAUGAU